AUGUUUCUUGUGACUACAUUCUUAUUAAUGACGCUAACUUCUGUUGCUGUACAGCAACAGCAUAGCGUACAAUUCGAAAUGUCUUCUUUCGGGAUGGAAUUUCAAGUUAAUAGUUCAACAGAUAUGAUGUCAAGUCAAUUUGGUAUACCUUCAAUCUUAAAAUGUGCAAUGAUUUGUUCAUCUGAGAUUAAAUGUCAGACAUUCGAUUAUGACGCUGCUUCUUUCCUAUGCCGCAUCUUUGCUGUUUGGGCUACUGACGGUCUAUUUAUUUCAUCAACAUCAUCGAUGUCUCGUAUUGGUUAUGUCAAACAAGUGCCUGAUCUCUAUUCUUUGUACGGACAAAUUUGCGUUAUGUCCCACGAUCUUCAUCGUUAUUUGGUAUGCACAAAUAAUAGUUACUGGUCAUGUCUAUCAGGACAAUUUUACGAUGGAACGAUAUGUCGAAAUGAGUAUAAUAUUUCUUCGAGCAAUCAAUCGCAAUGUGCACAGAAUCAAUCCCAAUAUUGGAAUGGAUCACAUUGUGUAUCAACGUCGACCAUCUUGCUUCGCUGGAAUACUACUGGAAUAACUGUAGCUGGAAAGGUCGCCACUCCGGGUUCAGCUCUUGACCGAUUACACGAACCUUCUGGCCUAACAUUCGAUUCAGCUGACACGUUGUAUAUUGCUGAUCAGAAUAAUAAUCGAAUUCAGAAAUGGUUAGCAGGCGCACCGAAUGGAUCUACGGUUGCCGGACAAGCUAAUGGUGCUGCAGGCGCAUCAGCAACGACUUUGAAUAUGCCCUCUAGUGCUGCCAUUGAUACAAAUGGCAACCUUUACGUUGCAGAUACUAACAAUCAUCGAGUACAACUUUGGCCGUACAACGUCUCAUCAGGCACGACUAUCGCUGGAACAGGCACGAGUGGUUCAUCAAGCAAUCAGCUGAACUCUCCGUAUGACAUUGCACUCAAUCCAGUCUCAAAUGAAUUUUACAUCACUGAUUCGGGAAAUCAUCGAGUAAUGUGUUAUCGUCUGGGCAUAUCAAACGGUACAGUCGUAGCCGGCGGAAAUGGUCCUGGCACGGGUGUCACACGACUGUAUACGCCUUACGGUCUCUAUUUCGAAUCAUCAUCAAACAGUCUGAUUAUCGCCAACUAUGAUGCGAAUAAUAUUGUUCGUUGGAUUUUGGGUGCCAGAAACUGGACACUUUUGGCAGGUAGCAUUAGCGGCGCGAGUGGUUACUCGUCAACAUUACUCAAUUCGCCUCGAGAUUUAACCCUCGACUGGAUGGGCAAUCUCUAUGUUGCCGAUACAGGUAAUCAUCGGAUUCAAUUUUUUAAAGCAGGUGAAUCAAAUGCAACAACAAUUGCUGGUGUAACGAGUACUUUAGGUGCCAAUGCAAUUCUCCUUCAAAUUCCAUAUUCAUUAGCACUUGAUUCACAGCUGAAUGUAUACGUAUCAGACACUUUCAAUUUUCGUAUUCAAAAAUUUCUUCGUUAUUAA